AUGCCUUCCUCUCUCUCCGCCUCCCCAGCGAUGCUGCCGCGCGCCCUGCGCGUCCUUCUGGCGACCCUGGUGGCCGCAGCCGGAGCCCCGGACGCCGCGCCGCCCUGCGAGUCGGAGAUGAACAAGAUCAAGGACCUUCUGCAGGUGAGCUGCGUGGGGCAGGGGCUGAGCAGCGUCCCCGCCGGGCUGCCCACGGACACGGGCAUCUUGCUGCUGGGCUCCAACCGCCUGAGCCGCGUCUCGCUGGCCUCCUUCCAGCACCUGAGCGCGCUGGUGGAGCUCGACCUGUCCAACAACAGCCUGAGCGCCCUGGACACCGGCGGCGCCUCGCUGCCCGGCCUCCAGCAGCUCGACCUGUCGCACAACGGCCUGCAGAGCCUGCCCGUCUUGCAGGGGAUGCCCGCGCUGAAGCGCCUGGCGCUGGCGCACAACGCGCUCUCGCGGCUGCCGGCGGGGGGAUUCGGCGCCCUGCGCGCCCUGGAGGAUCUGGAGCUGCAGGGCAACGGGAUCCGGGAUCUGCCCGAGGGAGCCUUCGAGGGGCUGCAGAAGCUGAGGGACGUGGACCUGGCCGACAACCUGCUGGAGGAGCUGCCCGGGGGGCUGCUGGCCGGGCUGGGCAGCCUGGAGAUCCUGCGCCUGGAGAGGAACCGGCUGCAGAGGGUGCCCGACGGCUUCUUCCCCGAGGAGAACUACUUCGCCUACCUGUACCUGGCGGAGAACCCCUGGGUGUGCGACUGCGCGCUGGUCUACCUGCGCGACUACAUCCUGGAGUACGAGACCAGCGUGUAUACUCGCGUGCAAGGCCCCGGGAAGGAGAUCACCGAGAACAAGCCCGAGAGCGUGGAGUGCCAGGCGCCCGCGCCCGAGAAGGGGCGCCCCGUCAUGCACUUCCAGGCGCACUGCGAGGCGCCCGAGGGAGACAGCGACGGGGGCCAAGGGGAAGGGGGCGCCACCACCACUGAGCUCCACGCCAUUGCCCACACGACACUGCUCUCCAGCACCGCCGCGCCGGCCACGCGUGUCCGCACCCCACCCUCCACCGCAGCGCCGACCACGCGUGUCCGCACCACACCCUCCACUGCAGCGCCGACCACGCGUGUCCGCACCCCACCCUCCACCGCAGCGCCGACCACGCGUGUCCGCACCCCACCCUCCACCGCAGCGCCGACCACGCGUGUCCGCACCCCACCCUCCACUGCAGCGCCGACCACGCGUGUCCGCACCACACCCUCCACCGCCGCGCCGACCACGCGUGUCCGCACCCCACCCUCCACCGCAGCGCCGACCACGCGUGUCCGCACCCCACCCUCCACUGCAGCGCCGACCACGCGUGUCCGCACCACACCCUCCACCGCAGCACCGACCACGCGUGUCCGCACCACACCCUCCACCGCAGCGCCGACCACGCGUGUCCGCACCCCACCCUCCACCGCAGCACCGACCACGCGUGUCCGCACCACACCCUCCACCGCAGCACCGACCACGCGUGUCCGCACCACACCCUCCACCGCAUCACCGACCACGCGUGUCCGCACCCUACCCUCCACCGCCGCGCCGACCACGCGUGUCCGCACCCCACCCUCCACCGCAGCGCCGACCACGCGCGUCGCCACACUUGCUCUCAGCACCACCGCACCAUCUUCCCAUGUCCCCACUACGGCUCCAAGAAACCUUCCCGGUCCUGUUCUCGCCUCUACCCCGGAGCCAGUCCCUUCCACAAGUCGCAUGCUGCCCGCAUCAACUCUCCAAGCCCUUCCGUCGAUGAUGGCUGCCACUUCCCAUCCUCUGCCGAGUGCCGCGGCCUCGCCAGCCCUGCCACCUCUCAGCACUCCUGCUCCCAGUCGCUGCCCUCCUCCCGCCCCUUGCCACUGCUCCUUGCUGCCAGCCACAGCCCCGCAGCGGAGUUGGCACUGGUCGCCCAGGACCUGGGCCGGCUGGCUGGCUGCCCACUGCUGCCUGCUGCGCCUGGUCCUCUACGCUGCCUGCCUGGCACUGGCAGUGCUGCCCACCUUGGCUCUGCUGUGUUGGUUGGGGUGGCUGUGUGCCAGCUUGCAGCGCCCAGCCCUGCGAGGUGGGCCGGGGCCCCGGCUGGUCAAGUACCGCCAGCUGCAGAAGAUGGGCGCUCCCCGAGGGUGGCAGCUGGAGCGGCCCCAGGCGCAGAGUCCUCUGGCCAUGCCCCGCACCUACCGCGUCUGCAAGGUGUUUGAGGCCGCCCCCUCCCGCCACGUCAGCUGGCUCUUCGUCAGCCUGCCGGGGCCAACGCAAAAGUGGCCCUGGCAACGCAGGCGAGGCCGGGCGCCCUCUGCCUACAGCUUGGAUCGCGGGCAAGACGCCAUUGGGGCUGUGCGGGUGAGCCAUGGCACCGCCACUUUGUAGGGAGGUCCGAGGGCUGAGGGACCCCCUGCGAGUGCAGGGAUGGAGAAUCGUAGAAUCGGAAGGGACCCCAGGGUCAUCUAGUCCAACCCCCGGCCAUGCAGGAAUCUCAGCUAGAGCAUCCAUGACUGAUGGACACCCAAUCGUCUUAAAAACCUCCAAGGAAGGAAAGAGGGAAACCGUUCCAUUUAGAGGCAGGGUCUUUUUGCGUGAAAAGACAAAAUGAACUUGUAAUAUCAGGAUCUGAAGACUGAAAAUAACGACUGGUUUCCAGAAGAUAGAAUGGUUGGAUUUUUCAGAGUAGACA